AUGAAUCGGGACAAGGGCAAGGCCUGCGCCUCCACCACGCCGGCGGAGGUGAGCGGCGGCGCAUGGGAGGUGCCAGGGUACGUCAUGGUGAUGACGGACGAGCAGGUGGAGGUGCUCCGGAAGCAGAUCUCAAUCUACGCAACCAUCUGCGAGCAGCUCCUCGAGAUGCACCACGCCCUCACCUCGCACCAGGGCUCCAUUGCAGGCGUGAGGUCCGGUGGUAAUCUGUACCGUGAUCCUCCGACGGUUCAUGGAGAUAAGAAGUUCACCGCGAGGCAGCGAUGGCAACCGACCCAGAUGCAGCUGCAUAUCCUCGAGAGCAUUUUCGGCCAAGGAAAUGGAGCGCUACCGGGCAGGCAGAAGAUACAAGACAUCACGGUGGAGCUCUCGCAGCACGGCCAGGUCGCGGAGACCAAUGUCUACAACUGGUUUCAGAACCGACGUGCGCGUGCCAAGCGCAAUCUGAAGCGCAAGCAGGCAGCAUCGCCGCUAAAUAACGGUGAAUCUGAAGCUCAGGCACCCAGCUCCUCUAACUAGAUCAUGAUGGCGCACGGAUGUUGCUGGGACGUCUAUUUUAGACUUGGAUAAACCGAUUAUUUGUUCUUCACCGCAGGAUUUAGUCAUAUAAGAUAGAGGUUCCGAGAAAUAUCAAGGAUUUAGCCAUGCAUAUUUAGGUCUGAUGUUUUUAUGGUGCCGCUUCAACUUUUUUGGUGUUGGUUC